CCUCUACCAGAAGUACAGCCAAACGACCCCUUAACACACUAGGUCUUAUUUACCUCCAUACAUCAUCUACCUCUAUUUAAGUCUACAUUCUCUACUUUCAUCUUGCUUUCUUCUUCCGUCAAGAGAACCAGGUGUAAUUUCACAUACAACAAAAAUGGCUGACUCUUCGCGUGAAGAAAAUGUGUACUUGGCUAAGCUGGCUGAGCAGGCUGAGCGAUACGAGGAAAUGAUUGAGUUUAUGGAGAAGGUUGCAAAGACAGCAGAUGUUGAGGAGCUGACUGUUGAGGAAAGGAAUCUUCUUUCAGUGGCCUACAAAAAUGUAAUUGGCGCAAGAAGAGCCUCAUGGAGGAUAAUCUCUUCAAUUGAGCAAAAGGAGGAAAGCCGUGGAAAUGAAGACCAUGUCAACACUAUUAAAGAAUACAGAAGCAAAAUUGAGGCUGAACUUAGCAAGAUUUGUGAUGGGAUUUUGAGCCUCCUCGAGUCCAAUUUAAUACCAUCGGCCUCAACAGCUGAGUCCAAAGUUUUUUACUUGAAGAUGAAAGGUGACUACCAUAGGUACCUGGCUGAGUUUAAAACAGGGACAGAGAGGAAAGAAGCCGCUGAGAACACUUUGUUGGCAUACAAGUCUGCUCAGGAUAUUGCUUUGGCUGAACUGGCUCCUACUCACCCAAUCAGGCUGGGACUUGCCCUUAACUUUUCCGUUUUCUAUUAUGAAAUUCUCAACUCACCUGAUCGUGCUUGUAACCUUGCGAAACAGGCAUUUGAUGAAGCCAUCUCAGAGUUGGAUACACUGGGUGAGGAAUCUUACAAGGACAGUACAUUGAUCAUGCAACUUCUCCGAGACAAUCUCACUCUUUGGACUUCUGACAAUGCGGAUGAUGUUGGGGAUGACAUCAAGGAAGCUUCAAAACCUGAGUCAGGCGAGGGGCAGCAGUGAUGAGAGAGUAGCGUAGUCCUGUAGUCUUUAUCUUAUAGGGGAUGUUGGUGGAGAGGAUAUAGCAAGAUCGUGAAUUUAGAUCUCCGAUGGUUGUGUCACAGUUGAAACGGUUCAAUAUAAAACAUGUCUUAGUGUUGGUAAGAAUAUCUGGUUGAGUCGAUUGCGUAGUGCUAUGAUCAUUAGAGUUGAAUUGGUUGCAUUACUUGCUUGUGUUGAUAACUUUUCUCGUAAUUUUUUGUCUCAUUUGCAUGUUUGUGUGAUUGAAUUUGCAUUUGAUUA